AUGCCUCACGUGGAAAUUAUUUUUAACCAAUUAAAAAAAGUAUGCACAGAUUCUGUUAUGGUCAAGAAAGAUUUGGAGAAUUUCGAAGCAGCAAUUCAAGUUAUACGGGAACAAAUGGACAGCAUUAUUGAUAAUAUUCAAGGAGAAAUAAACACGUCGGAAGGAGAAACUAGUGAAUCAAUAAAAAAAAAGGCACAAAUUGAAGAGAACAGCAGAAAACGCGAAGCCUUAGAAAUAUGCGAUGCCGUUUUAUUGCAAAUAAAAACAAGGUUUAGUUCUUCACAGGUAAUGUCGAUGCAUUCAAGUGUAUCUCUAAGGUAUUUUUGUAUUUCUAAAGUAUUAGUAUCUAAAGAGAAUGGUUUUAUAAACAGAUUGGCUUUAGAAGUCAAGUCUUUUGAGUAUGCUUUGAUUGUAUCAGAAAAGAUGGUUUGUGUCAAAGCAUUUGCCAGCAUUCAUGCAGUUACAUUGCCCAGCCUAAAAAGAAUUCAGUUGUCAAUAGUAGAAAAAGGUUGUGCAACCAGAGAUAUGAGGGACAAACAUACUUGCUGCCCUAGAAACUAUAGCAAAGAAGCUACUAUCCUCAUUAUGAAUCAUGUACCAGUGAAAGAUAUGCACAAGACUUUUCUACAGGGGUACUACCUUAACGUUCCCUACAAAAUGUACUGGAAAAUCUUUAAAACUAAAUUUAAUAUUAAGUUUGGUUAUCCCCGUUCAGACACAUGUGCAGAAUGUGACAAAUAUCAGCAUACCUUGAGCAAUAAGAGCAUUUCGGACGCCGAUAAAGCAUCUUGCAAAAUGCUGCAAAAAGCUGCAGUAUUCACCAGCAAAAAACGUGCCUACAAAGAACAGGCUAGAGCAGGCGAAAUUUCUUGUAUUACUGCCACACAUUCCUUCCAAUCCAGUAUUUUUUGCAAGACAAAUAUGGUAUUACGUGUUUGGAAUCCAAGAUUUAGGCAGUAA